AUCUUGUAGUUAAAAUUAUUUUAUACUUAAAAGUGAAAGAUUUAGCUAGAUUGUGGUGUCCACCCAACACAUAGUACUUAGUCUACGAGAUGGAAGGCAACGUAGACCCCGAUGGUGAACGAGGGCUGGAGGAUCCCAGUACUGCGGAAGGAGAUGGUGAUAGAGGCAGAUACAGCAUGCUAGCUCGUUGUGCCUCGCAGUCGUCACUGGACGAGUCAUCGCAGCGACGCGCGGGAGGUGAUGCGGGCGAGAUGGGGGAGGGGGCUAUGGGCGCGCGGCACGCCACCGCUCUCCUAGAUGCGCUCUCCCGACUACGAUGUGAUGCGACACUGUGUGAUGUCCGAUUGCAGGCGCAGGCGGAGGGCGCGGCAGAGCCUGCGCAGGGCGUGUGGGCGCACCGCGCUGUGCUGGCCGCCUGCUCACCCUACUUCCGCGCUAUGUUCACACAGUUCGACGAGCGUACACAGGAAGCUGUCACCAUACAAAAUAUAGAACCAAUUGCUCUAGAAGUUAUCAUACAUUAUGUCUACAAUCCAAAGUCAUUGGUCAUCACAGAAGAUAAUGUCCAGAGCUUGCUGUCAGCAUCAUCACUGCUGCAAGUGUCGGGGGUGCGCGCGGCGUGCUGCACCUUCCUGGCGAGCGUGCUGGCGCCGGACAACGCGCUCGGCAUCCGCGCCUUCGCUGAGCUGCACGCCUGCCAGGACCUCAAAGACUGCGCGGCCAGAUAUGUGCACAGACACUUUGUUGAGGUUCUGGAAACUGAAGAGUUUCUAUCCCUGACUGCGGAAACCUUGGCACAGCUUCUGGAUAGCGACCGAAUUAUGGUUCCGAACGAGGAAGUAGUUUUGGACGCGGUGAUCAGAUGGAUGCAGCACAAUCCAGAGGAACGUCAGCAACACCUGGGCGCGCUGCUGGAGCACGUCCGGCUGCCACUGCUGGCACGCGACGUGCUCGUUGCACGCGCCGCCGCGGAGCCCCUCGCCGGCGCUGGACUGCGCGUCAAGGACCUGGUGAUCGAGGCGCUGUCAUUCCAUCUGCUGCGCCCGGAGCGACGCGCAGCCGCCGCCGCAGCCUGCGCACGCGCACGUCCCAGACAGCCACCGCGCGCUCCUAAGAUGUUGCUGGUGGUGGGCGGGCAGGCGCCCAAGGCGAUCAGGUCGGUGGAGGCGCUGCAGCUGGAGGCGGGGGCCUGGCGGCGUGCUGCGGACCUGCCCACGCGCCGCUGUCGCGCCGGACUCGCUGUCGUUGCAGGCAAGCUGUACGCAGUCGGCGGCUUCAACGGUACAUUGCGUGUGCGCAGCGUGGACAUCUACGACGCGUGCGCGGACACGUGGGCGCCGGGCCCGCCGCUGUGCGCGCGACGCUCCACGCUCGGUGUGGCCGUCAUCGGCAACGUUAUAUACGCCGUCGGCGGAUUUGACGGAGCGUCGGGGCUAAGCUCUGCGGAGGCGAUGGACGCGCGCGAGGGCGUGUGGCGGCCCGUGGCCAGCAUGAGCACGCGCCGCUCCUCGGUGGGCGUGGCGGUGCUGGGCGGG